AUGGCGUUAAAGACCAAUGGGAAGCCUGGAAGUGGACCAAUGACCAUGCAGAUCCAAAAUGGACCAAUCCUGGACUUGAAGGCAGCUAUAAAUGGGGGUAGUUUGGUUGGUUCAAGGCGGAACCUGCGCGUCGACGAGGUCUCUGCCAGCAGGACGCUGAGUAUUUCUGUUUUCACCCAAGAGGCGUUGUCUGGUGCAGACUUGAGCAGUGCUGCUCAAGCCAUGGAGGGAGUGUGUGCUGCAGCUUUCACGGCGUUCUCCGUGGCUUAUUCUGGGUACUUUUUCACCCACCUGGCACGUCACAUCACCCACGCCUGGAGAGAAUCUGGUCUUUGGGUGAGUGGCAAAGGAGCCUCUGGCGUUGGUAGCAUUAGACCAUUGUGGAGCAAGCUAGCCCAAAACCAACCUCGGAGCCUCCUGUGGCUGCGUGUCUUCCUGGAGAAGAGGCCAAAGGGGAGGAAGAUGCCCACCAAACUGCACCUGCUGCCACUGCAGGGCCUGAGCAUCCAGCAUCAAGCAGAAGGGCAGCGUCAGCACCUGCUCUGGCUGCCGCUGUACCUGAGGGAGAGGGUGAAGAGGAGGAAGAGCUCCACCUCCUGUGUCCUGGCACCUGCACGAGCUGCAGCGGAAGGCUCUGAAGGAGCCUCCAGUCCCCAGGCUGGCAAGUCAAGCAGGAGCAGCUCGUGCAUCUGGAGCACGACCAGCUCCUCUGGCAGCAGAGAGCGGCUGGGAGAGGGGACAGAGGACGAGUGCCUGGCCACGCUGAAGAUGCUGGUGAGCCAGGGAGAUCCUGAGGCUGAAUACACAGAACUGGAAACAAUUGGCAAAGGGGGUUUUGGCACGGUGUGCAUGGCAGUGGAGACUGCCACAGGAGAAGAGGUGGCCAUAAAGAAAAUUAGUCUCGCGCAAGAGAGCGGCAGCGAGCUGUGCCUGAAUGAAAUCCAGGUGAUGCGUGGCAAUAAGCAUGCCAACCUUGUGAACUAUCUAGACAGCUACCUGGUGGACGAGGAACUCUGGCUCGUGAUGGAAUACAUGGAUGGAGGCUCCUUACACGAUGUCAUCAGGGAGACUCGUAUGGCAGAAGGAGAAAUAGCAGCUGUCUCUCGGGAGUGCCUGCAAGGCCUGGAUUUCCUUCACUCCAAGCAAGUGAUCCACCGAGACAUCAAAAGCCACAACAUUCUCCUGGGUCUGGACGGAUCUGUCAAGUUGGCUGAUUUUGGCCUCGCUGCUCAGCUCACCGCUGAGCAGAGCAAACGGAGAUCAGCUGUUGGGACCACUUACUGGAUGGCGCCAGAAAUCUUCACCAGGAAGCUCUAUGGCCCCAAAGUGGACAUCUGGUCCUUUGGCAUUGUGGGCAUCGAGAUGGUGGAAGGAGCGCCUCCUUACCGGAUGAAAACCUCCCGCACGGUUCAACAGCUGAUCAGCAGCGGGGGCAGGCCAAAGCUGCAGAAGCCCAGGCAACAGUCCGCGUGGUUGCGAGACUUCCUGCACUGCUGCCUGGAGAGGGAGGAGGACAGGCGCUGGUCUGCCCAGGAACUCCUGCAGCAUCCAUUUGUAACAUCAGCCAAGCCGACCUCCGACCUGACGCCUCUGAUCGUGGCAACGCAGCAGUUUAUGGCCGACAGGAGAUACUAG